AUGCAGUCCGGUGGUGGCCCCCAGCAAGGGGGAGGCGGCAGCCAUGGCCGGGGUACAGCUGCAUCGGCAUCUGCCUCGCCUUCAUCUUCUUCGUCUGCCGUGUCUGCAUUUGAACAGCAGCAAAGACAGCAGCUGCAACAACAACAGCAACAGAGACAGUCUUUUCAACAACAAUUUCUGAGGAGACCUGAAGGGAAUGACGCCUUUCUGGCCUACCAAUCUGGCAAUUUUCACGGAGUCCCUGGGGGGCCUAAUUUUGCUGCAGCAACUGGGGCCAUGCAGCUACCUCAACAGCCCAGAAAGUUAAUGGACAUGGGACAACAGCAAGGUUCUCCCACCAUUCCCGAACAAAGUCAGAACAGAGCUCAGGGUGUUGAGCAGCAAAUGUUGAACCCUAUCCAACAAGCUUACAUGCAGUAUGCAUUCCAGGCGAGCCAACAGAAAUCAACCAUGGGUAUGCAACCCCAGCAGCUGCAAAUUAGACCUGGAAUGUUUGGCUCCCUUAACAAAGAGCAAGAAAUGCGUAUGGCAAAUAUGAAGAUGCAAGAGUUCAUGUCCAUGCAAGCAGCCAAUCAGUCUCAGUCUCAGUCCCAGGCAUCCUCCUCCAAGAAAUUGUCUGACCAGGCCGCUCCAAGUGACAAACAGAUGGAUCAAAGUAAGCAGGCCAUGGCCAAUCAAAGAACUGACCCGAAACCAAACCAUAAUAAUCUACCUGGUCAAGCAGCCUCGUCUUCACCUAAGGUGGGCCCACACUCGCAGCAAAACAUCAUGAACAGGACGCCAAACAACCCGGCUGCCAUGGCUGCACAGAUGCAGGCGCUGCAUGCUCUGGCGCUCGAGCGAAAUAUUGACCUUUCACAUCCCGCGAACGCAAAUGUGAUGGCUCAGCUUGUUCCGAUCUUGCAGUCAAGGAUGGCCCAGCAAAAGGGUAACGAAAACAGUAAUAACAAUAUGCAGACUGCAUCUUUUGCGAAACAGCACGUCACGUCGCCACAAGUUGGAAAUGAGAGUUCCCCCCACGGGAACUCCUCAAGUGACGUCUCAGGGCAAUCCGGAUCUUCUAAGACUAGGCAGGCGGUUUCUCCUUGUACGCUUGGUGCAAAUUCAAGUGCAGCUGCAGUUAAUAACUCUGGCAACAUGCCUAUGCAGCAGUUUUCUUUGCACGGUAGAGAUAACCAGUUGCCACCUAGACAACCUACCUUGCUUGGCCAAGGAAUGCCGCCUUUACAUCCAUCGCAAUUGUCUGGUAGUUUAAACCAAGGAGCCGACGGUGUACUUGCUAAAAAUUCUUCUGGUGUUCUGGAAGGCUCGCAGGUGCAAAAUGCCAGACAGCUUAAUCGUUCUCUUUCACAGUCUGCAGCCCCAUCUAGUAGCAGGGAUGUAGGUAAUCGUUCAACAUCUCAGGGUGGCCCGACUCCCAGCACACGACCUUCGCAUUCUGGGUUUACAAAGCAGCAACUACACGUACUCAAAGCACAGAUACUGGCCUUUAGGCGCCUCAAGAAAGGAGAUAUGAGUCUUCCACGGGAGUUGCUUCAAGCUAUUGCUCCCCCGCCACUGGAUUUGCAGAUGCAGCAGGUGUCUUCACCUCGUGUAACUGCUAGCAAGGAUAAAUCAGCCGUAGAGAACGAAGACAAGCAUGCAAAACAUAUGGGUUCUGGUGAGAAGGGUCCGCAGGCUGUAAAAUCAGCGACUGAAACAAGUGAUAUAAAAGAGGAAGGACUUGAUAGGGCAGCUGUCUCAACAGUUAACAUGCAAAGCUCUACAACAAUGGUGAAGGAUCCAAGAUUUGUGGUUCCAACUGGAAAGGAAGAACAUCAAAGUGUUAGUAAUCCUGGAAAACUGGACCAGGAGUCUGAACUAGGCUAUCAGACUCCUGUAAGGAAUGACCUUGGAGAUAGGGGUAAAGGAAUUGCCCCAGAGCCAAGUGUUUCAGAUUCAGUGCAAGCCAAGAAGCCUGUUCAAGCAAGUAAUGCAACCCAACCUAAGGAUACUGGUUCCGCCAGAAAAUACCACGGGCCUUUAUUUGAUUUCCCUGUUUUCACCAGGAAACAUGAGUCUCUUGGAUCAUCUAUGAUGAACAACAAUAAUAAUUUGACUCUAGCGUAUGAUAUUAAAGAUCUCUUUGCUGAUGAAGGUGGGGAUAUCCGUAAAAGGAAAAGGGAAGAGAAACUACAGAAAAUUGAUAAAAUACUCGCCGUUAACUUGGAGAGGAAGAGAAUUAGACCAGAUCUUGUCAUGCGGUUACAAAUUGAGUCAAAAAAACUCCAACUUGCGGAGCGUCAGGCACGCUUGAGGCAAGAAAUUGAGCAACAGCAAAAAGAAAUAAUGGCCAUGCCUGAUAGACCAUAUCGAAAGUUUGUUCGUCUGUGUGAGCGCCAGCGUCAGGAGCUCAAUAGGCAAGCACAGGCCAACCUGAAGGCAACUAGGGAGAAGCAACUGAAAGUCAUAUUCCAGUGGCGCAAGAAGCUUCUUGAGGCACAUUGGGCUAUCCGUGAUGCUCGAACUGCCCGCAACAGGGGAGUUCACAAAUAUCAUGAAAGGUUGUUGAGAGAAUUCUCCAAGACAAAGGAUGAUGAUCGCAAUAAAAGGAUGGAAGCAUUGAAGAAUAAUGAUGUAGAAAGAUAUAGGGAAAUGCUUCUGGAACAACAGACUAACGUACCAGGGGAGGCUGCUGAAAGAUAUGCUGUUUUAUCGUCUUUUUUAACUCAAACUGAAGAAUAUCUUCACAAACUGGGAGGUAAAAUAACAGCAACGAAAAACCAGCAGGAGGUUGAGGAGGCAGCUAAUGCAGCUGCUGCAGCUGCAUGUGCACAGGGUCUGUCUGAAGAAGAAGUAAGAGCUGCUGCAGCUUGUGCUAGAGAAGAAGUAAUGAUAAGAAAUAGGUUUUCUGAGAUGAAUGCACCACGGGAUAGUGCAUCAGUAAACAAGUAUUACAAUCUUGCUCAUGCUGUGAACGAGAAGGUUAUUAGGCAGCCUUCUAUGUUACGAGCCGGAACGCUACGAGACUAUCAGCUUGUUGGUUUGCAGUGGAUGCUCUCUUUAUACAAUAAUAAACUCAAUGGAAUUUUGGCUGAUGAAAUGGGUCUUGGGAAGACUGUGCAGGUUAUGUCGUUGAUUGCUUACUUAAUGGAGUUCAAAGGCAACUAUGGUCCACAUCUGAUUAUUGUUCCUAAUGCUGUUCUUGUGAAUUGGAAGAGUGAGUUACACAAUUGGCUUCCAACUGUUUCCUGCAUAUAUUACGUUGGCAGCAAAGACCAAAGGGCAAAAUUGUUUUCUCAAGAAGUGUUGGCCAUGAAGUUUAAUGUCCUUGUGACAACCUAUGAGUUUAUUAUGUAUGAUCGUUCGAAGCUUUCAAAAGUUGAUUGGAAGUAUAUAAUAAUUGAUGAAGCGCAAAGAAUGAAGGAUAGAGAGUCGGUACUAGCUCGUGAUCUUGAUAGAUAUCGCUGCCAAAGACGCUUACUUCUCACAGGGACUCCAUUGCAGAACGACCUGAAAGAACUUUGGUCUCUUUUGAAUCUACUUCUCCCUGAAGUCUUUGAUAACAGAAAAGCGUUUCAUGAUUGGUUCUCUCAACCGUUUCAAAAAGAAGGCCCCUCGCACAAUGCUGAGGAUGACUGGCUCGAGACUGAGAAGAAAGUCAUCAUUAUCCAUAGGCUUCACCAAAUAUUAGAGCCUUUUAUGCUCAGGCGUCGUGUUGAAGAUGUGGAAGGAUCACUUCCUCCAAAGGUAUCGAUUGUUCUGAAAUGCAGAAUGUCUGCAAUACAGAGCUCUGUUUAUGACUGGAUCAAAUCCACCGGCACUAUCAGGGUGGACCCUGAAGAAGAAGAGCGCAAGGUUCAACGAAACCCGCUUUACCAGGCUAAGGCCUACAAACCUUUGAACAACAGAUGCAUGGAGCUAAGAAAAGCAUGCAAUCAUCCGUUGCUCAACUAUCCCUAUUUUAGCGACUUCUCCAAGGAUUUUCUUGUGAGAUCGUGUGGGAAGCUGUGGGUCCUGGAUCGAGUUCUGAUCAAGCUCCAGAGGACUGGGCACAGGGUUCUGCUCUUUAGUACCAUGACCAAACUCCUCGAUAUAAUGGAAGAAUAUCUCCAGUGGCGGAGGCUCGUGUUCAGAAGAAUAGACGGGACGACCAGUUUGGAGGAACGAGAAAGCGCCAUUGUGGAAUUUAACAGCCCAGACACAGACUGCUUCAUCUUCCUGCUGAGCAUCCGAGCUGCUGGGCGGGGCUUGAAUCUCCAGACGGCCGACACAGUCAUCAUAUACGACCCUGACCCAAACCCCAAAAACGAGGAGCAGGCUGUUGCCCGGGCCCACCGCAUCGGGCAAACCAGGGAGGUAAAGGUUAUCUACAUGGAGGCCGUGGUCGACAAGAUAUCUAGCCACCAGAAGGAGGACGAGUUCAGGAGCGGGGGACCAGUUGACUUGGAUGAUGACCUUGCCGGAAAGGACCGGUACGUGGGCUCGAUCGAGAGCCUCAUUCGGAAUAACAUCCAGCAGUACAAGAUUGACAUGGCCGAUGAGGUCAUCAAUGCCGGCCGGUUUGACCAGAGGACCACGCACGAGGAGAGGCGUAUGACGCUCGAAACCCUCUUGCACGAUGAGGAGAGGUAUCAGGAGACGGUCCACGACGUGCCCUCUCUUCACGAGGUGAACCGCAUGAUUGCCAGGAGUGAGGCGGAGGUCGAGCUCUUUGACCAGAUGGAUGAAGAGUUCGAUUGGGCGGACGAUAUGACGAGAUAUGAUCAGGUGCCAGAAUGGCUCCGGGCGAGCACCAAGGAGGUGAACAUGACUAUUGCUAAUUUAUCAAAGAAGCCAUCGAAGAACGCUCUCUACGCUGGAAAUAUUGUGGAUUCAGCCGAGGUGAAUCCCGGGACCACCGAGAGGAGGGGCCGGGGGCGGCCCAAGCGGAAGGUUCCGGUUUAUACUGAGUUGGACGAUGAAAAUGGAGAAUUUUCAGAAGCUAGUUCAGAGGAUAGGAAUGGUUAUUCUGUUCAAGAAGAGGAGGAGGAGGAAGAGGAAGAAGAAGUUGGGGAUUUUGAGGAUGAUGAAUCUGCUGAGGCACCUGGGCAAGUUGAGAAAGCUGUUUCUGAGGAAGAUGUUCCAGUUUCUGGUGAUGGGUAUGAGUACCAAAGAGGUGUGGACAAUGUGAGGAACAAUAAUAGUGCGCUAGCUGAGGCGGGUUCGUCCGGGUCUUCUUCACAUGGUCGGAAGUCGAUGAAGAUGGUUUCACCUUCGGCUUCUUCCCAGAAGUUUGGAUCGCUUUCGGCUUUGGAUAGUAGGUCUAACUCCCGUUCGAAAAAAUUGGUGGAUGAAUUAGAAGAAGGGGAAAUUGCUGUAUCUGGAGAUUCGCCUAUGGACCAACAGCAAUCUGGUAGCUGGGCCCAAGAUCGUGAUGAAGGUGAAGAUGAACAGGUCUUGCAACCAAAGGUAAAACGAAAACGGAGUAUUCGGCAUCGACCACGGCAUACAACGGAAAGGUUAGAAGACAGGCAGAUCGAGAGAUCUCAUUUCUCUCAGUCACCAUUCCAGGCAGAACAUAAAUCGCAAGCAAGGGAUGACCGUGCACAUAAAGGUCUUGGUGAUACCAGUUUAUUGAAAACUGAAAGACAUGAUUCAUCUGUAAAAAACAAACGCACUUUGCCCUCGAGGAAAAACACAGCUAAUGUGCUGCAGGGUUCUAUUAAACCUGGGCGAGUAAGUUAUGGAUCUGCUCCUCCAGGUGCUGCUAUUGAACAUGCUAGAGAAGACAGUAAAGUCAUGAAAGGGCCCAAAAAUAGUGGCAGUAGGAUGCCUGAGGCUAUCCAGAGAAAGUGCAAGAAUAUUAUAAACAAGCUCCAGAGAAGAAUAGACAGUGAAGGCCAUCACAUAAUACCAAUGCUAACUGAACUGUGGACAAGAAUUGAACACUCAAGUAGGGUUGGGGAUAGCUUUUUGGAUUUAAGAAAGAUCCAUCUCCGUCUUGACAAAUCAGAGUAUAGUGGCAUUAUGGAUCUUGUAUCUGACGUGCAGUUCAUGUUGAAAUGCAGCAUGCAGUAUUACGGGUCCUCAUUUGAGGUGAGGUCCGAGGCGAGAAAAGUUCACGAUCUCUUUUUCGACAUCUUGAGCAUAGCCUUUCAAGAGAUGGACUUCCGAGAGGCUAAAAGUUCCAUGUCCUUCGCCGGGCCCGGUGUAGGUACACCAGCCACCGGUGGCCCAUCUUCCAGACAGAUGCCGGCCAGUCAAUCCAAGCGCCAGAAACCGGUUAAAGAUCUCGAUACCGAAACUACCCCUCUUCAGAAGCCCUACCAAACUCGUUCCCCAGUCCAGACUGGCGAAAUCCCAAGGCUGAGGAGUCACAUGCAGCAGAAGGAAUCGAGGCUUGGGCCUGGGCCUGGGCUCGGUAUCGUCCGUGACCCGCCUGACGACGAGCGCCCGUUCGCUCAUCCAGGGGACCUCGUCAUCUGCAAAAAGAAAAGGAAGGAUCGAGAAAAAUUGGGCGGGAAGUCGGGCAGUGGGUCAGGUGGUCCCCUUUCGCCUACUGGGCUGGGCCGUGGUAUGAAAAGCCCGGGUUCAAGCCAACAGGGCCCGGCUCAGCACGGGUGGGCCGGUGCACUUUCACCCCAACAGGGUAACAAUAGCAGUGGUGGUGGGUCACUCGGGUGGGCCAAUCCUGUGAAAAGGAUGAGGACCGAUGCUGGGAGAAGACGCCCAAGCCAUUUGUAA